AUACGUAGCCCUACUAACACUCGAACAAAUUUGGGUUUGUAACACCCAUAUAAAACCUUCACCGUCCUCCCCCGAUUCAUUUCCCCCUCUCCGCGUCUCUCUCCCACAGGACAGCUACUCCCAGAUCUGCCCAACUUGGCUUCCUGUAUUAGCCAUCUGAGAUAAAAGAUGGGGUUGUCUUUCACCAAGCUUUUCAGCCGUCUUUUUGCCAAGAAGGAGAUGCGAAUUCUUAUGGUGGGUCUUGAUGCUGCUGGUAAGACCACCAUCCUGUACAAACUCAAGCUGGGAGAGAUUGUGACCACCAUUCCCACCAUUGGCUUCAAUGUGGAGACAGUGGAAUAUAAGAACAUUAGCUUCACUGUUUGGGAUGUUGGUGGCCAGGACAAGAUUCGACCUUUGUGGAGACAUUAUUUCCAAAACACUCAGGGGCUUAUUUUUGUGGUUGAUAGCAAUGAUCGUGACCGUGUGGUUGAGGCUCGGGAUGAGCUGCACCGGAUGUUGAAUGAGGAUGAAUUGAGGGAUGCUGUGCUGCUUGUAUUUGCAAACAAGCAAGAUCUUCCAAAUGCAAUGAAUGCUGCUGAGAUCACUGAUAAGCUUGGUCUUCACUCCCUCCGACAACGCCACUGGUAUAUCCAGAGCACAUGUGCAACUUCAGGGGAAGGGCUCUAUGAGGGACUUGACUGGCUUUCCAAUAAUAUUGCUAACAAGGCUUAAGAGAUCCGUAAAUCUUCAGUAAAUUUUUGGGCAGCAAUCUCUGGUCAAAGGGGAUGUUGCCCUUGUUUAGAUCUUUGUUACAGUUUGAUAGGAAUUGGCAUUUGGCAUUGUAGAUUCUAAAUAAUUCACGAUUCACAGUUUUAUAAAUGAUCCUUUUUGUAAUGGGCUCCCCUUCAAUGGAUAUGGUUGAAAUGCUACUCCCCACUUUAUGUUGAAAGGCUAAUUCCUUCAUUUUGCUAA